AUGCGUUUCUUCAAGAAAAAAUCGGUGUCACCAGUGAUACCACAAGAAACAUCUAAUCAAAUUAUACUAGAAGAACAUGGAUCCCGUCCGAUUUCUGCUCAUACCAGAGUAUCACAUCAGAUUGUUGAUGUCCCAGCCGGUGAACAUGUAAAAUUCUCUAAACUACUGAGUUGUUGUCAGAGAUGUUUCACAAAAGAAAAUCUUAAAGAACAAGCUUUAUUAAUUGGAACGAUUUCGGCUGUUGUACUUGGUAUUGGAAUUGGAAUCGCUCUUCGAACUCUCAAAUGUCCUAAAAACGAACGUGUUGAUGGAUGUCGUAUUACAAAAGAAGAUAUAACUUAUAUUGAUUUUCCAGGGCUAAUCUUUGUCAAUAUACUUAAAAUGUUGAUACUGCCAUUGAUUGUUUCAAGUAUUAUUUCAUCUUUAGCUCAACUCGAUGGACAAUCUGCCGGGAAAAUGGGUAUUCGAGCAUUAGUAUAUUAUUUGGGAACAACAUUACUUGCAGCUAUUCUCGGUAUUAUUCUUGUAUUAACUAUACGACCGGGAACACGUGGUGGCGCAGUAGAAAUAAAUCCUAAUUCAAAAGCAGCCGAAGGUCGAACGAUUGAUACAGUUUUAGAUUUAUUCAGAAAUCUAUUUCCCGAAAAUAUUGUAGAAGCUACAUUUCGUUCCGCUGGUACUGAUCUUAAAGUAAAUAGAACGUUUUAUUUCCAACGCCAAUGA